UUUCUCAAGUUGUCAGCUUGUGUGACAAAUUCUUUCCAAUACAAAAAUGGCUGUCGCUGUGCAACAAAAUUUACUAAAAAUGGUUUCAGCGCAGCUACGCAACAAAGCAAACGAGUUUUUAAACUCUAGAAAAUAUGCCAAUAAUCUUGCAGACAUCUUGCAAAUGUUUGAGGCUGUUACAGACAAUUACUCGCCGCUACUGCUUACAAUUGAAGUCAUAUUUACAGAAUUAUUGAGACGCGGAGAUUUGAUUGAGGAAAUUGUCCCAUUGAAACCUGCAGACCACAGCCCGGAAGCAGAAUACACAAGAUGGCUGCGCGAGUGCUACGAGACAGCGCUGGCCCGCACCCUGGAGUGUGUGACCCGCGGCCGCACCAACUCGCGCCUCCAGGCUCUCGUCACCGCAAGCAAGUUGCUGCAAGAAGAAGGAAAGCACCCACUUGAAAGCUCUUCUGGAUACUUCUUCCCAUCUAUGCGGCUUAAGAACAUCUUCACAGUUCUGCUAGAUUCUGAACAAUCCAUGUCGGCGCCGAUAGCUCGUUUCCAGGAGUUCACAGAAUACAGAGAUGUGCAGCAGUAUGGCCUAAAGGUUCUCUCAGCACUUGCAUACAGAAAGUCUCCUACUCCCAUUUACAUGCAAAACUAUCUGGAACUGCUAGACAAACUCCUGGUAACCGAGAUACAGUUUGACAACAAGACAAAAUCUAAUAAAAACAGAGACAACGAAGAGAAGGAGGAAAAGAUUCUUUGUGGCUCUGAAGACAAAGCCCCAUUCCCGUACAACCCUGGCGUGUGCCGGCGCUACGCGAACCGCUGUUGGAGCUUUGCGUGCCAGUGGCCGCUAUGUGACGAUUCCCGUACGCACCGCCGCGCUCUUCUGCUGUUAGUGGAGCGCCUCAUGCCGUUACUGGCUAGACCACACCUCGCCACAGACAUGCUGUGCGACAGCCUCGACGCUGGAGGCCCAAUAAGCAUGCUGGCGCUGCAAGGCGUCCUCGAAUUAGUGCGGCGCCACAACAUCAGCUACCCAGACAUGUACGACCGGCUCUACGCCAUGUUCGAGCCAGAAAUGUUCGCCACCCGCUACAAGAAGCGCCUCAUGCACCUGGCCGACAUAUUCCUGAGCUCCACCCAUCUGCCUGAAAGCCUGGUAGCAGCGUUCGCCAAGCGUCUGUCGCGGCUGGCGCUGGUCGCCGGCGGCGAGGACGCGGCGGCCCUGCUGCGGCUCGUGGCCAACCUGCUGCUGCGCCACCCGCCGCUCAAGCGGAUGCUGUGCAGCGACGACGCGCCGCCGCCCACCAUCAUGUCAAGCGACCCGUACGUAAUGGAAGAGACGUGCGCGUCCCGGUCCCGCGCUCUCGGCUCGUCGCUGUGGGAAGUGAGCCUGCUGCGGCGACACCACGUGGCCGCCGUGUGCACUGAGGCCGCGCAUGUACUGGCCACAGCGGGCGAUCGCGCGCAACCUGUGUCUAUGGCCCCGCCUGAAGACGCCACGCUCUUCGACGCAGAACUCAAGAAGAGGUUCAAAACGAUCGAGAUGAACUUCAUCCGGCCUCAAGGGAUGACGUCACCUUCUGGCGAACGCGUCCUCCAGUUCUGGGAGCUGAUGGCUUGAAGUCCCCACGCCUCGCAACGGUGGACAGGUAAAGGAUGCAUUUCGAAUCCGAGACUUUGUAUGGCCAUUAAGAAUUUGCAAUCGUUAUUUAUUCUUUUGUUGUGUGAAUUAUAGUUUACAAUUCAAUGGGGACGAAAAUCUGGAACUGAUCAGUAGGUCUAGACAGGUGGCACUUUUGAACGAAGCGAAAAUCGAAUCCGUUUACAGAGCGAUGUAACUCUAUACAA